CUCGCGGACCUUUAACAAGACAGGAAGUGCCUCCUGCUAGAACUGACAGUUAGCUAUCAUGGCGCUUGAUGUAAAAUCUAGAAACAAGCGAUACGAGAAACUGGAUUUCCUCGGAGAGGGUCAGUUCGCCACAGUUUACAAAGCCAGGGACAAAACGAAUGACACCAUAGUUGCUAUUAAAAAGAUUAAGGUUGGCCACAGAACUGAGGCUAAAGAUGGUAUUAAUAGGACUGCUCUUCGAGAGAUCAAACUGCUGCAGGAACUGCAUCAUCCAAAUAUCAUUGGGCUGCUGGAUGCCUUCGGACACAAAUCUAACAUCAGCCUGGUGUUUGAUUUCAUGGAAACAGAUCUGGAGGUGAUCAUCAAAGACACCAGCCUAGUCCUGACUCCAGCCAACAUCAAAGCAUACAUCCUUAUGACUCUACAGGGAUUAGAGUAUAUGCACAAACACUGGGUCUUACACAGGGAUCUGAAGCCCAAUAAUCUGCUGUUAGACGGCAGCGGAGUGUUGAAGUUGGCUGAUUUCGGUUUAGCCAAAGCCUUUGGCAGCCCCAACAGAGUCUACACACAUCAAGUUGUUACCAGGUGGUACCGCUCCCCUGAGCUUCUGUUUGGUGCCAGGAUGUACGGUGUGGGUGUUGACAUGUGGGCAGUGGGAUGCAUCUUGGCAGAGUUGCUCCUCCGGAUACCAUUCCUUGCUGGAGACUCAGAUCUUGACCAGCUGACUAAGAUCUUUGAGGCUCUUGGGACACCUACUGAAGAGACGUGGCCUGGAGUGGGUAGUCUACCAGACUAUGUGUCCUUCAAAAUAUUUCCUGGCACACCUCUGGAACAUAUAUUUAGUGCAGCUGGAGAUGACUUACUAGAGCUGCUGCAGGGCUUGUUCACCUUUAACCCCUCAACGAGGACCACAGCUACACAGGCUCUGAAGAUGAGUUACUUCAGUAAUCGACCUGCACCCUCUCCUGGACCCCAACUCCCCCGACCCAACUGUUCAGCUGAGGCUCUGAGGGAGAAGGAAACAGUCGGGCUCAAGAGGAAAAUCGAGGGCAUCGAGACAACUGUAAUGAAGAAGAAGCUCAUUUUCUGACCAGAUGGCCCCUGGUUAAUUAGAUGAUCACCAUCUUCACACCAUUGCGUGGCUCAGUCUGCCCGCCUUGCUCAGGGUCGUCCACUGGAAUGGAAGAAAAAAGAAGAAGUCCAAAACCAGCCGAGGAGAAAGCGGCUCAGCUGCGGUUGACUUUAGGACAUUUUAGAGGUUGUAGCCGUUCUCAUAGUUGAGAUUUGUGCCAAGGUGCUGCUGUGUGUACCAUCCCAUCAACUGAUGUACAACAGAGGUCAAUAGUCUUGGCUCUGGUCUUUCUUCAUUGUAACAAUGAUGCCUUUGCUCUGGGAGCCUUUUUUUGUAAUGUGUAUAUUUAUGCAAGUGAAAAUAAGAACGACCAAACAAA